UUUAGGAGGCGCAAAAAGCCAAAACAAUCGAGCCGAACUGUCAGACUGCAAGGACCAAAACACCGGAUCCUGCUCCUUCACGCCCAGUCUCGGCUUGGUUACGUUGCAACAUCUCGCAGACUGUAAUUGCCUGCUGGAAAUCCUUAAAUAUAGGGAGUGAGCCGUAGGGCAGUUGACGCCCCCACAACCCACUUACUCCAGAGCAGACUGUCCAGAAGGCUGCAUUCAGCCCAGCGCAUCUUUAGCAAGAGGGUUCUGCGGGUUGCUUGCCUGAGGAAUUCACCCUCUCCUACGGAUCUGCGCUCCAAAUCUGCCAGGAGUGGAAAAAAAAGAGCAACUACAACGCCCAGGAUCCUCCCCGCGCUUCCCACGUGGUUCCUCGAAAAAGACACACUGUAUCUUUUCAUUGAGACAUACGUUUGGCCAUAGGAGGAACUCGGGCGUGGGGAGGAAAGUUGGAGCGCGCUGGCUGCUCGGCAGCGGGCCUUUGCAGCGCGGCGGAGGGGGAACGGGGCAAGACAGCAAGAUGAUGCCGAUGUAUUUCUUUUUCUCUGACAAAGUGGUUCUUCUGUUUGACUUUUGGAAUGUCCACAGCCCUGCAGGGAUGGCGCUUUCGGUGCUGGUGAUGAUGCUGCUGGCAGUGUUGUACGAAGCCAUCAAAGUGGGCAAGGCCAAGCUGCUUCUGCGCACGAUGCCGGCCAUGGCCCCCAGCCUCAGCCAGGAGACCUUAGAAGAGCCAGAGAGGGCAUCCAUGAACACAGGCGUGGAACGACUAGCCGGCACCCCCCAAAAGUGGUUCCUGUGGCACAGCAUCCAGACCCUGCUUCACGUAGUCCAGGUGGUCCUCGGGUACCUGGUGAUGCUGGCUGUGAUGUCUUACAACAUGUGGAUUUUCUUGGGUGUGAUUGUGGGUUCAGCCAUUGGGUAUUACAUAGCCUACCCACUGCUCAAUGCAAGAUAGCCUGGGUUGGCUCGGCUCCAUACAGAAGCUUCAAACAGCACAGAUUCUGUGUCAGAAACUCUUGAUGAGGUUUGGUGUCUGCUGGGGAAAGGGGGACGUCUCCCCGACGUAGGGUGUUAUUCUCUCACCUUCCCUAAUCUCCCCCUCCAACCUCCACCUUCAGGGUACUUACAACUUCUGAUUCUUUAAAAUGAUACUAUUCCCCUUUCAGAGUGAUUUAAAUAUAUGUAUUUUUAAAAAACUGAAGGCGUCUGUACGGCCACAUCAAUGACAUUUGAUGGCUAGGAGAGCAGCCACCUGUCAAGUUAGCAGCUCAGCAGCUCUCCAAAUUUUACAAAAAUUUUACAGCCUUCUGGUUGUUGUUACCAAGAGUUGGCAGGAUUUGAAUCCUGGGUCUUGCCUGCUUGCAAAGCACGUGGCCAUCCAUUGAUCUGUGUUCUUUUGCCCCUUCCCAGCUUAUACUGGAGGAAAGAUGCACCUGCGUUUGGCAGGGAGAGAGUGGCAAAGAGCCUCACCACCUUGCUUUGUGGUGGAAUCUUUGGACUCGAUUGGACAAGAGUCAGCAAAAUAUAUGGGAAAGGUAGAGCCAAGCUAAUGUGUGCAGGAUGGGAACAAUACAGACAAUCUGGCUUUCAGCUAAUUGCAGACCUCAGGUUCCAGUAAGGAUGAGGUGCUAAUAGGGGGAACUUAUAAUAAUAUACAAAAAAGCCCAAAUCAUGGUCUGAGCUUUCCAACUAGUGCUUUCGGGAGUGUGAGGAAGCAGUAUACGUUGCAUGUUGGACACGCAAUAUCCCAAAGGGCUAUCCCAAAGUGCCAUAAGCCCUUGAGUGUGGCUCUUUGCUUGCACUCAACUCUUUAGUGGGGAGGAAGUCUCAUCUUGUUUCUGGCAUGGAUUUCAGCCUGCCUUGAGAAGAUAACAUGAGAUGCGCUCACUCGAGAUAUCCCACUCUAGAUACCUUCCAUUUUAGUCACAACUGGAAUCACAAAGUUUAUUGAUCUGCAUGACCAGGCUGCAGUGAACCUGGAGCAGUUUGGGGGCGGGCAGGGAGUGGAUGGGAUUCGAACUGGAAUUUCCCUAAAGUCUGUACGGUGGUUCCGUUUCAAGGAGGACAAAAAUCAGACAAGAUGCAGGAAGAUGCAAUAAGAUGUCCCAAGUUUUUUUUUAAAAAACGCAAUUUGAACUGGAGCUUCAUCACAAAAAGUCGGAUGGUUAACCCAUCCACCCCUGUGUGUUUCCCUUAUUGAAAUACACCCCUCGGAAGUAAUUUGCUGGGGGUGAGGGGAGGCCGGCAUACCCUCAUUUCACGUCUUCUGCCCCUGCUACGGCUAAGAAAGCAGAAUGGGGAGAAGUCAGAAUUAGUCUAGACCAGCUAAAUCAGAUUGCAGAGAUAUGUUAAUAGAAGCAAAGCUCCAUCUGAACUGGGGCUCUGCAUGGCAUCUAUGUCAACCUUUUAACACUGGUGGAAAAAUCUGCCCACAGAACUGUCAGCGUCUCACCUAUAUGGGGCUGGUGUGAUCCGAAGAUGUUUGCUGCAUAAACAUCUGCCCUGCUUUCGGCUUGUGUGCAGAAUCAAAGGGGGGAAGUCUAGCCAUGAGGACGGUAGCCCUUUACAGUUGUAUGCUAUUCCCAGAUCACCCGAUCAAUUCAUAAACUUCAUCAUGCCCAGAGAUAAAAAGAGAAAAGGGAAAGUUUCCACCUCUGAACAGGAUGAAUUAGAGGCCAGUUUUAAAAGGAGAAACCAGAAAGAAGACAUGAAAACCACCCCCAUCUGAUAGGCACACUCUUACUGGGCAUCAGCAGCUCGUCUCCAAAUGGGCAUCAACUAAGGUUGCCAACUCUGAGUUGAGAAAUUCCUGGAAAUUUCGGGACAGAGCUUGGGAAAGGCAGAAUUUGGGGAAGAGAGGCAGUUCAGCAAAGAUACGAUGCCAUAGAUCCCACCCUGUAAAGCUGCCAUUUCCUCCAGGAAGAAAUGGUUACUGUAGUCUGGAGAUGCCCCUUUGUGGAGGUUGGCAACCCUACGGGGUGGAAAUGGUAGGUUUGGGCAAUAGAGAAAAGAAGGAGGCUGGUCUAAGAAUGAGAGAAUUCUUAGGAGAGUGACAAGAUCUUUGAGAAAGCAAGGUUCUAAAAAGAAUUAGAAGUAUGGUUUAUAUCUUCUAAGUCAAACCCAUUGUUUUUAAAGUUAUGUAUCCAGUUGAAGUUAUGUAUCCAGUAUGAAGUUCUCUUGUAUCCAGAAGUUCCGGGAUUGGAUAAUUCCUCCCUAUUAGGAAUAUUGUCAAGUCUCCAAAGUUGUGCCUGAUGAUAUAAUUAAAGCGGAAGAGCAAAAUGAGGCCUUGGA